AUGAUAGUAUUAGAUUUCUUAACUUACUUAGUACUAUAUUUACUACUAAUUGGAGUGAUAGCAGCACAAGAUACAGAUGAUCUGCUACAUAAUUCAAAAAGAGAACUGGGGAAUCCUCUUGAAAAGAAUAUUGUUUUAACUGGCUUAUUAAUACCAACUACUGCUGCAUGGCAUCUAUUUAUAAGCCUAUCAUCCAAGACAGGUUGUGAAUUGUGUCUAUCAAACCCUCCUAUUGAAUUGAAGUUAGAUAAGAGAGAAUGGUUAACGAAACUUUUAAAACCUUGGUUAUUUUACUUACCCCCAUCAUCAAUAAAAUCAAAGAUACUUUUAGUGCCAAGUCCUCUUUUUUUAGAUUUUGUUACUAUGUAUUUGCCAAUAAAUAAAUAUUGUUUUCAGAAGAAUACUACUUCACUAGAUAAAUAUUUCAAUACUAGAAAGAAUAUAGCAGCUUGCCAUAGUAUGCUUAAGAAGUUGAUAGAGAAUAAUACCUUGUAUUUUAACCCAAGUGUAGAGAGGCAACAGAAGUAUUUUGAUGAUGAAGAGCAGUUUCUAGUCGCAGAAAUUGAAGCUAAUCUAUAUAGUGGCAAAUACUUUCCAUAUAGUAAAUAUGAAAAAGAUAGUUGGAUCUCUAGUCGCAUUAAAUACAGUAUAUUCGAUGAAUUCUGUCGCAUGUUACUAACUAAAUUAAGUCAAAUGAUUCAACAUAUAAAUAAUAUCCGACUUGGCAAAAAGGAUAGGGUAACCAGAUUAACAAAGCUAUAUUAUAAUAUAGAUCAAACAACAAAAUCUCAAUAUAUUUGA